GGACUAGAGGCUCAGGCGGCAGAUGAGGAGUCGCUAAUCGCGCUUGCAUACACCAGUGGAACGACGGCGAGGCCAAAGGGGGUAGAAUAUAUCCAUCGAGGAUGCUAUCUUGCUGCGCUUGGGAACAUCAUCGAGUCGGGAUUGAACUUCCAGCAAGGAAGAUGCGGCUACCUGUGGAUUCUGCCUAUGUUCCAUGCCAUGGGUAUGCUAUUCACCAUCUGCAUUCUACUGAGACUACUUUUAACUACCAAAGGAGUGUCGAAAGAUGUGCGCUGCUAACUAGAUGGUCAACAGGAUGGACGUUCCCCUGGUCUAUCACUGCGGUCAGGGGGACUCACUUCUGUCUUCGCAAGAUAGACUACCCUGAGAUAUGGCGGAUGUUGAAGCAAGAGAACAUCACUCACUUCAACGCCGCUCCCACGGUCAACACGCUGCUAUGCGCUGCAAAGCAGGCAGAGAGACUGUCACGGCCGGUCAGAGUUACCGUGGCUGCCAGUCCGCCCACUGCCCAUCUCUUUGAGCAGAUGACCAGCGUCAACCUUCAUCCGGUCCAUGUCUACGGCCUCACAGAAACCUACGGUCCCAUCACAAAGGCGUAUCAUAUGCCAUUGUGGGACACGAUCCCGCUCAAGGAGAAGUACAAGAGGAUGGCAAGGCAGGGCCACGGCUUCCUGACCAGUCUGCCUGUCCGGGUUAUCAAGACCGAUGUUCCUGAGGGCACCAUCAUCGACGUCCGCAAAGACGGCAAGGAGAUCGGAGAGAUCGUGUUCACGGGCAACAUCUGUGCCCGAGGCUACUACAAGGACGCAGCAGCCACCGACAAGCUCUUUGCCGGCGGUGUCCUGCACUCCGGUGACUUGGCUGUGUGGCAUUCGGACGGAGCCAUCCAGAUCCUCGACCGGGCAAAGGACAUUAUUAUCAGUGGGGGAGAGAAUAUAUCCUCUGUCGCUCUCGAAGCCAUGCUGGCCACGCAUCCAGACAUCCUCGAAGUCGGCGUCGUAGCCGUCUCGGACGCCCACUGGGGCGAGAGGCCCAAGGCCUAUGUUACCACCCAGACCGGCAGGCAGGUCACCGGCCCCGACAUCAUCGCCUGGGCCAAAAACUCCAGCGGCAUCAGUCGAUUUAUGGUGCCGCGGGAGGUCGAGAUCGUCCCGGAGCUGCCAAAGACCAGCACCGGCAAGAUCAAGAAGAAUGUGCUGCGAGAAUGGGCCAAGGGCGCCUCGCAAGCUUCAUAG